AUGGACCAAAACCAUGAACUAGUUUCGAAAACGACAAUUUUAAGUCUAAAAGUAAGACCUCAAAGUGUCUCAAAAAAUGAGAGGCAAGGCAAAAGGUAUUCUGAUAAUGGAAGCGAAUUGGCAAAAAGAAAAUUACUAGAUUUUGAUUCUAACGAAAAAAUAGUAACCCCAUAUCGGUUACAGAGACAUUCUGUUUUGGGAACAAAUUUUGAGACAUUAAUUUUGCAGCCUCCUGUAGAAACAAUGUUUUGGACUGUUAGUAAUAAUGAGAAGACCAAGUUUUUCUAUGAUUCAAGUUCUCAUGAAGCUCAAGCUUUAGAUUAUUCAUAUAUUCGAAGACCAAUUGAAUCACUGUAUGCUAAACAAACUAAAGGAGAUAAAAGUAUUUACAAUAAAGUUUUAAGCAACUAUCACGAUAUUUCUGUUGAAGGCAUGCAAUCUCCUAACUCCCCCCCAUCCUUAAUCGAACGAUUGACUUUAAAAGGGAAAAUUAACCCCAUCCUUGAUUAAACGAUUUUAAAAUCAUGCAAAUUUUUUUAUAUAUAAAAAAUAUAUUAGUUAUCAAAAGCUUGGGAAGAUGUACCUAAUGAAGUUGUUUUCAGAGCUUUGAGACGACAGAGAGCUGCGAAAUCAACCAUUCGAAGUGAUUAGUCAUCAACCAUGGCUUAAAAACUCAAUAAUCUAAAAAAAUAGAGAUUCUUUAAAAUUUUAAAAAAAAAAAUUUUAUUUAAUAAAGAACAAAUUAAAAUUUAUACAGUUUAAAGUGGUAACUAAUAAAUCAAAAUAUUAAAAAUUGGUAUUUUAUGAAAUUAAUUAAAUUUUUUGCUGUAAAAAUAAUUAUUAAAUACUCUUAACCCUCUUAUUUAAAAGUAAAUAAAAACAAAUAUUUAUAUAUUUUUAUUUUAUAUAUAAAAUGUUUUUAAACCCCUAUCCUUGAUCGAACGAUAGCGAGUCGUUCGAUCAAGGAUGGGAGGAGUAAGCACUCUAGAGCUCAGAAACUUAGCCAAAAGCAAGCCAAACCAUCAAUUUCACAGUCAAAGUUUAACUCACAAAUUAUAACAAAGGUAAGACAAAUUUCAAAGCAAAUUCAGGAUGCCAAAGAGAUUUUAUUUCAUAGCUGGAUUAAAUUAAUUCAAGCCAGCAAUGGCUAUGAGUCUCUAAACCAAGGGCAUGUUUAUAAAUAUUUUAUUGGAAAAGGGAACAAUUCUGCUUUGGUAGAUCGACUAAUGAAGCAAAGAUGAUGGUGAAUAAGAGUGGACUCUCCAACUAAUGCAAAUUUUAUAUGAACACAACUUAAGCAGCCUCUUGUAUUAGAAAAAAUGUCAACUUGCAACAAUUAUUCCAAAAUAGUAGACUCAACACCCUCAGCCACAUCGAUUUUGCCCAAAUUUAAUGCAGAAAAUCUUGAAAAUGAGCUUGGAUAUCAUAAAAUUACAAACUCAAGAAGUUACACAAAAUUAAAUAUCAUAUCUCUAUUGUGUGGAAAUGAUGAAAUUAUCCAUAAUCAUCUCCCUGAUAAUGGAAACUUAGGACUGAAAAAGAAACUCUUUAAAAAUCUUUCCAAAUAUUAUCAUUCCAAAGGUGUAUAUUAAUUUGAGAAUUUUAAGUCCAUUAUUUAUGCUAAAAUCUGAAUUAAAAAAAUAAAAAUUCCAUAUUUUUUAAAAAUUUCUGUGCUUGGAUUUAAAACAAUUUACGCAUAAUAUCUGUUUUUGACCAUAUUCCAUUAACUUUUCAUAUCGAAAAAGGCCUUGAUGACGACAAUUUAAGACUAUUUGAAAACUCAUACACUCCAGGCAGCCUUUGAAUUGUAAAGCCAGGGGAAAACACAAAUAGAGGAAACGGCAUUUUGGUAUCCAGCGAUUUAACUGAAAUUCGGAAUUUAAUAUAUAAAAACGAAGGAUCUCGAACAUAUAUCAUACAAAAAUAUAUAGAAAACCCGCUUCUUGUUAAUAAGAGAAAGUUCGAUAUAAGGUGCUAUGCCUUGAUUACUGGAAUUGAAGGCCAAAUCCAAGGAUAUUUUUACAAAGAAGGCUAUUUACGAACUUCAUCAAAAGAAUUUUCUUUAAAAAAUUAUGAUAAAUAUGUACAUUUAACGAAUGAUGCAAUACAAAAUAAAUCAGAAGACUAUGGAAGAUACGAGUCAGGGAAUAAACUUUCAUAUGCAGAGUUCCAAAGAUAUUUAAACGCGAACUAUUCUGGCACUGAUUUCUAUACAGAUAUUUUACCACAAAUUGAAAAAUUGAUUUUUGAUAGUAUUGCAGCGACUUAUCAAAUAUUAAAUUUGCAAAAAAAGAAACAGACUUUUGAAGUAUUUGGAUAUGAUUUUAUGAUUGAUCAGCAAUUUAAAGUGUGACUAAUUGAAGCAAAUACAAAUCCUUGCUUAGAGCUAAGUGGAUCUUAUCUAGCUAAAUUAAUCCCUGAAAUGCUAGACAAUGCGCUUAGAAUUGCUUUGGAUCCACUUUUUCCUCCAUUUGUAAAUCAUAGUUCUCCCUCCAUGAGCAACCAAAAUAAUUUUGCUCAUUCACAGAAGGGGUUAUGUAUAAAUUUUUGUUUUAAUUUUUAAAAUAUCCCAAUAUGUAAAAAAAUGGGGAUUGCAUUAACUUGAAAAAUAAUUUAAAAUGCAAACUUUUUAAAUUCUUUACUCCCCCCCCCCCCUCCGUGAGCGAACAAAAAAAUUUUGUUCACUCACGGAGGGGGGUUAAUUUUUUUUUUUAAAAAAAAUUUAUAUAUAAAUUUUAUAAAAAAUAUUUUUUUCGAAAUUUAAAAAAAAAAUCCUAAUUUGCAAAAAUUGGGAAGCAAAUAUUAAUUUAAUUUGCAAAAUUUAUGUUUUAAAAACGCAAUUUGUUUAAAAUUAAACAGAAUUAGCUCUAGAUUUCAUUAUACUAAUUAUCACUUAUAUAUCAAAAUUUUUUUCCAUUAAAAUUUUUUCUAUUAAAAAAAUUUUUGUUCACUCACGGAGGGUGGGUUUUUUUGGUCAAAAAAUGGCGAUUUUUCUAAUGGUUUUGUUCGCUCACGGAGGGGGGGGGGGGAGUUAGAAUUAAGAGAGAUUUCAUUAUAAUAAUUUUUGCUUAUUUUAAAUAAAAUUUUUGUAGGAGGGUGGUUUUCCUAAAACAAAAAGGCUUUCCUUAUAUAUCUUUGCUGGCGGGGGUAAGAAAUAUAAAACCUAUGUCCAGGAAUGCAACCUAAAAAACGAUUUCACACUUAUAUUCAGCUCGACAAAAAUGUCACAAUGAAUAAAUUAA